AUGAAUCCAGCAUGUGGAAGAUGCAAAAAACCAGUUUAUCCAACAGAAAAAAUAAACUGCCUUGAUAAGUAUUGGCACAAAGGUUGUUUCAGCUGCGAGGUCUGCAAGAUGGCUCUGAGUAUGACCAACUACAAAGGCUUUGAGAAGAAACCCUACUGCACUAUGCACUAUCCUAAAACCUCCUUCACCAUCGUGGCCGACACUCCUGAGAACUUACGUCUGAAGCAACAGAGCGUGCUCAACAGCCAGGCUCUGUACAAGGAGGAGUUUGAGAAGAACAAGGGGAAAGGUUUCAGCGUGGUGGCCGACACCCCGGAGAUGCAGAGACUGAAGAAGACUCAGGACCAGAUCAGUAACAUAAAGUACCACGAAGAGUUUGAGAAGAGCAAGGUCCGAAGCGACGCACCUCCUCCCGAGAACAGACAAGACGGCGAGGAGUCGAACCCGGAGAGGUUCAGCCAGCCUGCGGGACAAGCGCGCCCUGCUGCUGUAGCUCCACCUGGUGGAGGGAGGCACUUCCAGGCGCUGUACAGCUACACGGCAGCAGAAGCGGACGAAGUCUCCCUGCAGGAGGGCGAUCUCAUCCUAGACGUGGAGCAGAUCGACGAGGGGUGGAUGUUCGGGUGCAACCGGCGCACGGGGAAGCGGGGCAUGCUCCCAGCCAACUACGUCCGACCAGUUUGAGACGAGAAACCAGCCAAAACAUCCACUUCCUGUUGUGGGGGUUGAAAUAGUCUUUUGCAAACUAAAAACGCCAAUCACUGAAGGUUUCCUGCAGUUUUGUUUGAAUUUAAUUAUUUUGUCUUUAUGAGUUAAGGGAAAAUAAAGACUGAUUCAGGAGGAAAGUCUGAAAUGGAAAAAGUUUAAUCAACGAGGAAGUGGGUGAACCGACAGCACAUUUCAUUUUCCAACAGUAGUUCAGAUAAU